GAAGCCUGUCUGGCUUAAUUAAAAGGAAAAUACUGAAGGCGAGGUGGGGCGGGAGGCUCGUCUUUUUCAUGUUAUUUCCUUGUUGAAAAACCUUCAGUGGCUCCAUGAGCUCACAGCCCAAGCCUGGCCUUUCUGCCUGACACUCAAAGCCCCAGAUGCUCUGCCUCCAUCUGGCUUACUCAGUGUUAGUCCCUCCUGUGUCUCUCUCAGGCAGACCAGCCUCUGCAUGUCCCAGGGCGCUCACGCUUUCCCCCUCUCACCCUUGCUCAGAUUGCUCCCCUCCUUGGAAUGCCAUCUUGCUCCCUUCCUCUAACCGCAUUUUACCUGUCCAGUCUUCCAAGACCCCAUUCAAGUUCUACCUCCCCUGCAAACGUCCUUGAGUGCUUCAGCUCUCACUGACUGUGUUUCUCUGUGGAGAGAGAAGCAUGGUCCCUAGCACAUAGUUCAGCACUACUUUGUAGAUAGUCUUGUCUUAUCUGAUGAUGUUUCAUAUGGAUAUUCUUAUUCCCUGGUGAUGUGGCAGCACUUUUACUGACAGGACCCCUGGAUUUUAUUCCUGGCAAAUGUAGAUCAUGGAGCAGACACCUGAUACAUACAUGCUGGGUUUUUCUCGUUGUUGUAGUUGUUGUAUUGCUUUAUCCCAGAAGGAGAAUGAAAAGCAGUCAUGUUUUUUAAUCUUUCCAGUCUUGCUCCCAUCAUUCUUCUCCACACACUUUCUUUUCCUUCCAGCCCAACUGGACUCUUCACCUUUAGUCGAACGUUCUCUCUUAUAUCAGGACUUUCCAUAAUCCUGCCGUAAACGACAGCAUCAGUGUUGUUGUUUGUAUGCUGGUUUUUGGCAGCCUUCUGCAUAUAGAUUGCAAGCUUUCACAGGGGCUCCUCAGCUCUGUCCCCCUGCAUGGGGUCUUGCAUCAGACAGGAGGCAUCAGUAAAUGAUUAUUGCUUUGGUCAGCUCAGGGCUCUCAACAGCUGUGAACCUCUUUUUCUCUGAGAUUUCUAUAGGGAAGGGGAUGAAACUCACAAGAAAUUGAGGCACCAAGCAGGUAAGGAGGGGGUGAUUCUGGCUCUCUGGCCUGGUUAGCUGUCUAAACAAUAAUCCUUUCUCAGCUGGAGUCCUUUGCUCAGGAACUUUCCCACCCAACACUCUGGGCACAAGGCUGCCAGCCCCAGCUUUGCUCCUGAGCCUGACCCACUUCUGAGUUUACCCUCAUCCCCACCUUGGCUCUUACUCCCGGAACAAUCAUGCACAGUCUAUAAAAAUGUUUUCUUUUAUUGACAGGUGAAGUCUGGAGCAGGACUCUGGGACUUUUUGUCCUCCAUGCCGCUCACCAGAAAAGGAACUGUGAACUGUGAUUUGGCUCUAGCUGACAGGAAGAAUUUCUGGCCCAGCUGGAAGUGAGAAGAGGGAGUGAGUCUCUGAGGGCCAUCCUAGAGGCCGCCAGCAUCACCCGGACAGUAAGAAAUGCUUCUCCGUGCCUUCACACGUACUUAAACCCUCCAGAUCCUCGAUGUGAAUCAAUCCCAUGAUGCAACAUGCCUCCCCAGCCCCCGCUCUGACGAUGAUGGCCACGCAGAAUGUCCCUCCCCCACCCUACCAGGACAGCCCGCAGAUGACGGCAACCGCUCAGGCACCCUCCAAGGCCCAGGCUGUCCACAUCUCCGCACCCUCGGCUGCUGCCAGCACGCCUGUGCCCAGUGCCCCCAUUGACCCCCAGGCCCAGCUGGAGGCUGACAAGAGAGCUGUGUACAGGCACCCUCUUUUCCCGCUCCUGACGCUGCUGUUUGAGAAAUGUGAACAGGCCACCCAGGGCUCUGAGUGCAUCACCUCCGCCAGCUUUGAUGUGGACAUCGAGAACUUUGUCCACCAGCAGGAGCAGGAGCACAAACCCUUCUUCAGCGAUGACCCAGAACUGGACAAUCUGAUGGUGAAGGCAAUCCAGGUCCUGAGAAUCCACCUGCUGGAGCUGGAGAAAGUCAAUGAACUCUGCAAGGACUUUUGUAAUCGUUAUAUCACCUGCCUCAAAACCAAGAUGCACAGCGAUAACCUGCUCAGGAAUGACCUCGGGGGGCCGUACUCCCCCAACCAGCCCUCCAUAAACCUUCACUCACAGGACCUCCUGCAGAAUUCCCCCAAUUCCAUGUCUGGAGUCUCCAAUAACCCCCAAGGGAUUGUGGUCCCAGCCUCAGCGCUCCAGCAGGGCAACAUCGCCAUGACAACCGUCAACUCACAAGUGGUGUCAGGUGGAGCUUUAUACCAGCCAGUUACCAUGGUAACCUCCCAGGGUCAGGUGGUCACCCAAGCAAUCCCCCAGGGAGCCAUCCAGAUCCAGAACACACAGGUUAACCUUGACCUCACCUCCCUCCUGGACAAUGAGGAUAAGAAGUCCAAGAACAAACGAGGAGUCUUGCCCAAGCAUGCCACCAAUAUAAUGCGUUCUUGGCUCUUCCAGCAUCUCAUGCACCCCUACCCCACGGAGGAUGAGAAGAGGCAGAUUGCAGCCCAGACAAACCUCACCCUCCUGCAAGUAAAUAACUGGUUCAUCAAUGCCCGGAGACGUAUCCUGCAGCCCAUGCUUGAUGCCAGCAACCCAGACCCUGCCCCUAAAGCCAAGAAGAUCAAGUCACAGCACCGGCCCACCCAAAGAUUCUGGCCCAACUCCAUUGCCGCAGGGGUGCUGCAGCAGCAAGGUGGCGCCCCGGGGACGAACCCCGAUGGUUCCAUCAACUUGGACAACCUGCAGUCCCUGUCCUCAGACAAUGCCACCAUGGCUAUGCAGCAGGCUAUGAUGGCUGCACACGAUGACUCAUUGGAUGGGACAGAAGAAGAGGAUGAGGAUGAGAUGGAAGAGGAGGAGGAAGAGGAGCUGGAGGAGGAGGCUGACGAGUUGCAGACGACGAAUGUCAGCGACCUGGGCUUGGAACACAGUGACUCCCUGGAGUAGACGGGCAGCCCAGAUGGCACUGAUCACCGAGCAGGAGAGGAGUGUCGUCAGGAGGGCUUCAGGGUUGGGGGGAAGGGGACGUGGGCAGGCAGCACCGAGGAAGUUGGGCCUUAGCUUCCCAAGAUCAGUAGCUUGAAGAAACGCAGAGGAGACACCUGCUCCCUCCCGACCACCAAGCUUCGAUGAGUACCCCAGCCCCACUUCCCUAGAACUGCGAGGACUCUGUCUGGCAGAGCCAGUCAAGCAGCCUGUACGGAAAGACAGGAGUGAGAUCUGGACUCACCAAAUCCCUGAGGACAGAUGGCAUCCACGGCCCUCCAACUGAGGGACUUGAGUUGUUUACAAGCCCUGCACUGUGAGGUGGAUCAGUGCUGUUGGCAGAGUGAGCCUUUGCCAAGGGACAGAGUUAGGAGCAAAGGGAGAGACAAAGGGGUUUGGGUUUUACCCUCAGAAGGUUCUCAGCUCCUUUGAGAGACAUUCGAGGGCAAGCGGGAGCCCAAAAGCAUAGCCAGUGGCUGGAGGAGUGGGGGCACCUGGGCAUCACAUCUUGCAGAUCCGAGGGGGGCCUGGAUUCCCUCAGGCUCCGGCUCAUCCUCCAAGGCUCCACUAGGGGUGGAGGCAGCCGUGGACUUGGGAUGGGAGCCAGCAGAGCCGCCUCCUCUCUCCCCUGGAAACAAACGGUGAGCUGGUGGGCUCAGAUUGCAAGAGGUUAAGAGGAGUCCCUUCACCUGGGUUGGCUCCAGGAGCCAAGGAGAUGGCAGAACCCGGGCUAGGAGCCAUAUCAAGGUGACUUUGGGGACACAGCCGUCCUUCGGUGGUCACAGAAUUUAGCUCCUGUAACAACAGGACAGUGGUGUCUUAUCCCAAAUGUCCCAGCCCUCAGAUGGAGCCCCUCAGAUAUUCUACCCCCUCCAUUGACCAGCAGAGAGGGUGGAACCAGGUUAGCUUGCAACCCGUCCACCCCUCAAGUCCCUCAUGGCUGUCCCUCUGCUCCCAGGCUGGCUCCCUUGGCCUCCAUCCUCUCUUCUUCAUUCUUUGCUUCAGAGAAGGCAGAAGAAACAUUGGAAAGAAGCAUCCAGCCCAGUGGGAAGCCAGGGGCUGGAGAAGGUGCUACAUCCCACCUCCCUUCAAUAUCCACAGUGUAGGGGAGGGCCCCGAGAAAUGGCACCCAGGAGCCAAGUGGUGCCCCAUCCCACGCGCCUCGCUGUUCUACACACCACCAUCAUACACAGCACAGGAGGAGCUGGGGCUCCCACGAGCAGCAGCUGUCCACCGUCUGCCCCAACACACACUCCCAGCCCAACUCCAGGCCCUCAUGAUUGGCGCUCCCUCCUCCCUUCCCUCCCACCCCAUGGCUGUGAAUGACAGGACUGAUCACACGUGUGUUUUCCAUUGGAUUUAAUUUAAUGGACCUGCAGUUUCAUUUGUAAAUUGUGCAUCGGCCAUCUCCUUCAGUGGCAGGAUGUGAGUGGCUGCCUGGCUCAACUUGAGGGGACCCUCAGGGCCCUCUGGGGCUUCCCCUCCUCUACCUGGUUGGGGUGGAGCAAAAGGAUGGUCGCUUUCCUGAGGUCUCCCUGAAAUGAAUGUAUUUCUCCCCCAAAAGAGCUGAUAUUUAAUGUUUUAAUAGGGAUUUUUGAGAAACAAAUAACCUUAUUUAUAAUCUGGGUGAUCCAAUCAUUUUUUACUCCCUUUUGAUGCCAUAGGUAGAGGAAAGUCGAGCUUUUUUGGCGUGAGACUUUUACAACGUGCAGUGGGAUAAAAUACAUUUCCUUUUCUGGUUCAUUUUUCUUGUUACACACACACACACACCCUUCCACUUACCACUUUGCACAGGCGUCCCACCCCAGCACAGGCACACCCGCACACACGUGCCCACGUGUCCUCCUCCCAGCCCCCUCCACCUGCCUAAUGUUAUGCAACCUCCUUCUGAUGUAUCCACCAAACCAGUACUGAAUGUGGCCGAGUUUUCAGUAAAUCUUAUUACCUACCGUAA